AUGGGAAAUCUUCCACAGUCUCGCGUAAACAUACCCACCAGGGCACUCGAGAAAUGCGGAAUCGAUUAUGCUGGCCCCUUCUAUUACAAGGAAAGAGUCAGAAGAAAUGCUCAACUAAGAAAAUGCUACGUUGCAAUCUUUGUAUGCAUGGCAACUAAGGCUGUUCAUAUAGAGCUAGCAGUCGAUUUGACAGCAGAAGCAUUCUUGAACGUGUUUAAGCGAUUCACAGCAAGAAGAGGCUGUCCCGCGGACAUAUUUUCGGACAAUGGUCUCAAUUUUGUGGGAGCAGAACGCGAGCUAAGCAAACUAACGCAUCUUCUCCAAGAUAAGGCAACACAAGGAAAGAUUAUGGAAUAUGCAUCAUGUCAGAGCAUAAAAUGGCACUUUAUACCACCUAGGGCCCCACAUCAAGGAGGACUCUGGGAGGCUGCAGUGAAGGCAACCAAAAGGCAUUUAGUCAAAAUGACGAAAGAAGCACAUUUACAAUGGGAAGAAUUGGAGAUUAUUCUCAUUCAAUGCGAGCGUGAAAAACCAGUUGAAGGCAUUCCAGCGAACCGACUUUCAAGAUGGCAGUACGUUCAGCAAAUUAAGCAACAGUUUUGGCAACGCUGGAGUCGUGAAUAUUUACAUUCCCUGCAACAAAGAAAUAAAUGGUAUGCCUCCAAAUCCCCAAUUGAUGUGGGUCAAGUAGUCAUCCUAAUGGAGGAUCACGCGCCACCAUUAUCCUGGAACCUCGGGAGAAUCCAAGAAUUGCAUCCCGGAGAGGAUGGUGUAACUCGUACCGUGACUGUUCGAACGCCCAAGGGAAUUUAUAAGCGUCCAAUCACGCGGUUGUGUAUACUUCCUAUAGCAAAUGAAGGUAGAGAGAUGUCUAGCCAGAUUAACCCUAGCGAUAGCGGUUGA